AUGCCUCCUAAGAAAGUGGACAAGCCGGCCAAGAAGGCCGUGAAGGUCGAGGACAAGACCUUCGGCAUGAAGAACAAGAAGGGUGGCGCGGCCCAGAAGCAGAUCGCUCAGAUGGCGUCGUCAAUGAAGAACGGUGGCAGUGCUGAAGAGAAGCGCAAACAGGCGGAGAAAGAGGCGAGAGAGCGAGAGAAGAAGGCGGCGGAAGAGGCCAAGAGGGAGACCGAAAUGCUUCUGAACAAGCCCGCUCAGAUUCAAAAAGUCCCAUUCGGUGUCGACCCAAAGACAGUUGUCUGCAACUUUUACAAGAAGGGCAACUGUGAGAAGGGCAAGAAGUGCAAGUUCUCUCACAACCUCGAAGACGAACGCAAAACGUCAAAGAAGAACCUGUACACGGAUACCCGCAAGGAAGAGGAGGAGAAGAAGAAGGUCGAGACCUCCGCCGACUGGGACGAGGAGAAGCUUCGCUCUGUCGUUCUUUCCAAGAAGGGCAAUCAGCAGACCACUACCGACAAAGUGUGCAAGUUCUUCGUCGAGGCCAUCGAAGAUGGCAAAUACGGAUGGUUCUGGAUCUGUCCAAACGGCGGCGACAAGUGCAAAUACAAGCAUGCUUUGCCACCAGGAUUCAUCUUGAAGACCAAGGAGCAGAGAGCGGCUGAAAAGGCCCUCAUGGACAAGUCACCUCUCAAGACCCUUACCUUGGAAGACUUCCUCGAGUCGGAGCGACACAAACUUACCGGCACCCUCACACCGGUCACGCCGGAGUCAUUCGCCAAGUGGAAGAAGGAACGAUUGGACAAGAAGGCGGCUGAGGAGCAGGCCAAGAAGGCCAAGGAAGCAACUGGUCGUGCCCUGUUCGAAAGUGGCAACUGGCGAACAACCGAGGACGACGACGAGGAGGACUCUGAUGACGACGAUGAUGGAGUGUGGAACUUGGAGAAGCUACGUGCCGAGACCAAUGCUCUCCGUGAGAAGAGGGAAGAGGAACGUCUGGCUGCUAUCAAUGGUGGCCCUGUUCCGCCAGUGGUACCAGAACCGGUGGCUGCCGAGGCGUCCGGGUCUUGA